UAAUAGUUCUAUACAAUUAAUAAUGAUCAAAAUUCAAUAAUCAUUGUGGCCACUGGUGGGUCUCGUCAGUCAGUCAUCAGCUAGCCAGUGUUGUUCUUCGAAUACAAACAGCAUAAGGCAUAGAUAUAUGAACAGCAGUGUCCAACAGUAAUGUAAAACGAGUCGUUUGGUAUAUAUGGUCAGCGGAUCGUAACGAAAAACAAGAUGGAGGACCUCAUAGACCUCAAUCACCUCAUCCCAAAUUCAUAAAUUAUCUGUAAAACUAUUAGUUAAAAAAUUAUUACUCUUUAUGUAUUCCUGAUUUCUUAAUUAAUUUUAGCCGUAGUAGAUAAAUUCGAAAAUUUAAGUUUAACUUGUGCGUUUACUACCUGACGAAAGAGUUGAUCUUUGUCUUCAAGUUUCAAACAAUUUUAUAAAUACGGGUACCUGUUUUCGACUGUUCAUAUACUGCAAUGAUAUUGCUGAACAUAGACUAAACUUAGUGAACAAUAUUUUCCUGUUAAAUUUUGGAUUGAAAAGGCCUGUUUAGGAGGUAAACAUUGAGAAGGAACUGAGGAAUCUAAAAUCUGAAUUGGUGAGAGAAUUAAAUGCAAAUUACUUAUCUAUUUAAUCAUACUUUUCAGCUAAAAUGAAACUGAAUUAGCGAAUAUAAAGCGAAUUAAGGCUACAUUUGCAAAUUACUGCCAGAGUUCUGUUGUUUGGGUAAUAAGUAUUUUUAGAUCUAAAAAGUUAGGUGUAGCCAUUAAGGCAUAUAGAAACAAAACAAUAUUUGAACGAAGUUGCAAGCCCGAAUUUAGAAAAUUGUUCCAGUUGAAGAAUCAUAAAUAACAAUAAAAAGUGAAGACAUAUUAAAAUUUCUGUUGUGAAAUGUGACAGAUUUGUAUGUCUAUCAGUUCAAAGGAACGACGCCAGUGGAAAAUAAUUUGAAUGGGACAAACGGUUGUCCAUCCAAAGACAAAGAGUGCAGAAUAGUAAGUUUGGAGAGACGUGUUAACUUCUCUCACAGAAUUUACGUGAAAACGAGGUAAUGUCGAAUCCAAAUGCAUCAGAGCCUGAGGUGGCAGUUAAGGUCGAUGAAAGACUUUCAACGCUAUCUUCGAUUGCAAGAAAUGUUACUUUGCGCCUGACGAAUCAGACGAGCACAAAGAAGGGAAAUGUUCCAAAAAUAGUCUCUAAAAAUACUGCUACAAAUGUGAAUAGGAAAGAGCCUCUUGGAAAUAGAAAAAAAGAAGUUUUAAACAUCAAAGUGUUGAGUAACGGUGAUGAUGACCUACGUGAGAAAAAUGUUGAUUUGAAGCAAAUAAUUGAGGAAAAGGUAGUAAAUAAAAAUGAAUGCCCUGAAAGUCCAACACAGUUCAAAGAAGAUAAAUUUGAUUUAGCAAGCUCGAAAAUGACUAAAAUAAAAACAUCUCAAUUCGUCGAACUGAAGCAGUAG